AUGGUCGCGUACCCCACCAACGGCUUUCCUUCCAGUGUCGGCGUCGGCGCCGGGCCCCAGGCCACAAACGGCAACGGCUCCGUGGUCAACCCUGCUGCCAACGCCGCCGCCGUCAAGGUGCAGCCGCUGCUGUGCUCUGGCCACACCCGGCCAGUGCCCCACCUCCAGUUCUCCAACCUUCUCGCGGACGGCUCGUACCUCCUCAUCUCGGCGUGCAAGGACGGCAACCCGAUGCUGCGUAGCUGGCUGGGCGACUGGAUCGGCACCUUCCUUGGCCACAAGGGUGCCGUGUGGUCCACCAAGCUUUCGCUCGACGCGUCCCGCGCGGUGACUGGCAGUGCCGACUUUUCUGCCAAGAUCUGGGACACGAACAGCGGCGAAGCGCUGCACUCGUUUUCGCACAACCACAUUGUGCGCUCUGUGGCGCUCAACCCGCAGGUGACGCCGCAGUACCUGCUGACGGGCGGCAACGAGAAGAAGAUCCGCCUGUUCGACCUGAACCGCACCGACGCGCAGCCCCUGGUGCUGGGCUCCAACCCGGACGGCCUGUCGUGCGAGGGCGUUGUCCGGAGCCUGGUCUGGGACGAGGGCCAGGGCGGGUCCGUCGCCGUCAGCGCGGCCGAGGACGGCAAAGUGCGCUGGUGGGACCUGCGCUCGCUGUCGCAGGUGGGCGAGGUGGACCUGGGCCACGCCAUCAACUCGAUGGAGCUCGCGCACGGCGGCGGCACCCUGUCCGUCGCCGCGGGCAAGAACGUGCAUUUCCUCGACAUCCUCCGCCAGCACCCGCCCGUGUCCAUCAAGCUGCCGCACGACGUCACCUCGGCGUCCCUCCACCCGUUCCUCCGCGACCGUUUCGUGGCCGGCUCCACCGCCGACCCCUGGGUGCGCGUGUACGACCUCGACUCGGGCGCAGAGCGCGAGGUGUACAAGGGCCACCACGGACCGGUGCUGUGCGCGUCGUACUCGCCCGACGGAGAGGUGUAUGCCUCGGGAAGCGAGGACGGCACCAUCCGUCUGUGGCAGACCCAGCCGGGCAAGUCGUACGGUCUGUGGCAGACCCAGGAGUAG